CAGCUGACUCCCAUCCGUGUGCUGUGUAGAUCAGCGGGCUGCGUCUCUCCUGCAGGAGGCGGAGUGAUGUUGUUGUCACCGCUGAAGCUGAUUGAACGCCGAUGGCCUCCGAUUUUCACGCCUGAAAAGAAGUGAUUUUUUUCGCAUCAUAUCACUGUACGCCGAUGCGAAGUUUAUGGGCGAUAAGGAAAAAAGAACAAGGAUCCUUAUGAAGGCGGAGACGACGAGGCGUCCGGACUGUGAGAUGUGUCCUCCAAGGACUCAGCUGUGCUUCUGCACCGAGUCUCUCCAGCGACCAACACAUCCAUGAAAAACCCCCAGCGGAUCUAGAUGGACGACCCCGACUGACCGGGACACUGGAGCUUUAGUUUCUUUGAGACAUAACUGUUAACUUGGCAACCAUGUCUGUCUCCACGGUUUUGGCAAAGGCACUGUUUGACAACACGGCAGAAAGCCCAGAGGAGCUGGCUUUCCGGAAGGGGGACAUCCUGAUGGUUCUUGAACAGGAGCAGAGUGGCGGUCCGGGCUGGUGGCUCUGCUCCCUGCAUGGCAGACAGGGCAUUGCUCCUGCCAACCGCCUUCGACUCCUCCAGACCGCCCCGCCCCCCGCUGAGGACUCUGUCUACCUGUCGCCUGCCCCCCCAUUGGCCCGGACUGCUGUCAGCGGUAGCGCAGAGGACAUAGAUGGAGUGUAUCGCUCUCCGCCAAGCGCGGGUGAGGGUCGAGGACCCGCCUCGAGGCCCGGGGAGCUCCGCAGAGUCGAGGGUGGGCGCCCUCGCUCGCACUCCAGCUCUGGCACACGGCCCAGACCUGACUGGGAUUUAGGGGUGGCGGGGCGACCCCGCUCCCCCUCUCUGAGAGGACGAGGCACAGACAUGACAGGAACACUUUAUCAGACUCCAGUGAGCCCCAUGCCGUCAGCAGCUCAGCAUGCCAGACAGCCGGGAGCCCUCAUGGCCUCAGAGUCGGUGUACCUCGCCCCUACUGGACUUCCGCGGGCUGCGGACGCACCAGAGGACUCUACAUAUCUAGUUCCUAGAGAAACACUAACAACAGGACACUCUGACGACUGUUACUUGGUGCCCAAAGGCACACCACUCGCAGGUGAGGAUGUUUACCAGUCCCCAACAGGAGGAGUUGUGGGAGCUGCUGUGUGCUCUAAUGGAGGACCACCUGGGACCCCCCAGCUGAAGGGGAACCAGGACACACCUGGGAUGUACCAAACACCCACUCCUGUGGGAGCCAGCCUUCACAGGACUUCAGCCACAGCUUUGGCCCAUCAGCACCCAUCUCCAUUAUCCCCUUCCCAAGCAUCUCCCAGACCUCUGAUCAAGGGAGUUUCAGCCAACCCCGCUGCUGCCAGGGGCAAACCCGGCCUGGGUUCUCACCGCGGGUCUCCUUUGCUGGUCAGAGCCGGGCAGGUCAGGGUUCCUGGGUCACCCAGUUUUGCCCGUAAACCUCCUCCACCGGCACCUCCAGUCAGGGGAGUCACCAGGAAAGAUGCACCACCAUCAUCAGCUGAUUCUGUCCCCAAACCCGCUGCUCAGGUCACUUCUGCAAGCCUGCAGCAAGAAGAGGACAAACAAAAGGGAAUUCCUCCGAGCAAGGAGGAAAGGAUGAAUAACGGUGUGGAGAAAAGCAACAAUAUGCGGAACAAAAAAGGAGAAAAUCAGGAUUACUCAGAAGCUGCUGACGAGCAGGUGUAUGACACCCCUCCCAGUGGCAGGUGGCAGCGUCCGGUCCCAUCUUCCCUCGGUGAUGAUGAUGGAAUCUAUGACACCCCUCGCAGUCUCCCACCACAAACUGACUCUGAGUCAGAGGUCUAUGAUGUCCCCACCAUCAAUCUAAACGUGUCCACAUCAGAUAUCCAGCCUGACGAAGUAGAUGACGAUGUAUACAGUGUUCCUACACUUCCCGGUGUGCCUCUGGGCCCAGGAGAGUCCAUCAGCAGCCUGUCUGAGGAUGCUGGGCAGCUCUACCGUGUCCCCGGGCCUGAGAAACGAGCCAGUCUAAACCGGAACUCUUCUGAGCCCGACUGUGGCAUCUACGACAUGCCUGCACUGACUGUGGAAGUCCUCCCUCACUCUCUGUCCUCCUCCUCCACCUCCACUCGCCGCCUCUCCGUUUCCAGUAACGGGUCAGGCGACAUGCAGUGGCGAGCCACGCUCUGCAGCCUGGUCCACUCGGUGCUGAGCGCGGCCUCGGGCUCGCCCUCCGCGCUCUCAUCUCGUGAUCUGGCCACUUCGCUGGCUGAGAUCCUGUCGACCUGGAAAGCCAGUCACUCAGAUGAUCCGCCGCCGCCUCUUCAGCAGGCCUGGGCUCGUCUGUCAGACCUCCUCCCGGCGCUGUCCGCCAUCGGCAGCGCUCCUCCGUCUGAAGGGCUGCUGACCCUGGUGCAGCGCUCCCUGGAGGAGAGCGCUCUGCUGCUGCAGGCUCAGGGCCGACCACGUCUGCCUUCCCAGGACUCGCUGUCCCGCAGGCCACUGCCCGCGCUCCCGGUGCCUGAUGGGAAGUCCUCAGGGGGCGGGAUGGGCUCCCGUAAAGGAAGCUGGAUCCAGGAGCGGCCCCUGCCCCCGACCCCUCAGCCUGCCUUCCCUUUGCCUCCCACUCUGUCCACUGUGACCCUGACAGUGGGGCCUGUGGACGGAGAAGAUGACCCCAGCAACGAGUACGCAGGAAUCGGCCUGACUCCCAUCCCGGCCCCCGUUCCCACUGGAGACAGUGUCGGAUACGUCAAGUUACAGGGUAAACCUGAGCCCCUUCCCAACGUCCUGGGAGAGAACGGACACACACAAACCAUCACCGCAGAGCCCACGUUGACCCCCUCCCCUCCACUCCCCGUGUCCCUCUCCCUGGAGGACUCGGAGCUGCUGUCCUUCUACUCGUCUCAGAGCCUCGCUCACCUCUCCUGCCUGGCGGACGCCAUCGACGUGCUCUUCAGCAGCGUGCAGGGGAACCAGCCGCCGCGCAUCUUUGUCGCCAGAGGGAAGAGUCUCAUCGUGACGGCGCACAAGCUGGUGUUCAUCGGGGACACGCUCUCACGCCUUCUCACCUCCGCCGACCUCCGGGCCAAGAUCACAACCUCAGGAGGACGACUCUGUCAGGCCUUGAAGUCGGUCGUCGUAGCAACAAAGGGCGCUGCACAAAACUACCCGUCAGUGUCGGCCACCCAGGAGAUGGUGGACCGCGUGGCCGAGCUCUCCCAGCAGGCAGCCGGCUUCUCCACUCUGCUGCAGCGCCUGGCAGAAAUAUCUUCAUGAUAUUUCGUAUCACUUGCGUAAAAAAAACAAAACUUUGUUUACACUACACAUAUAUUUUCUCUCUUUGAAAUGCCUUAUUUGUUGUUAGACUCUUUCAUUACCUUUGGUUUGAAUGGGAUGGGAGCGUUGGAGUGUUGAGCCUCGCUGCAGCUGUUUCGGAGGUUUCCACUCUUGGUUCUGUCCUCCAAGUGUGUGUUGGUUUGCCUUUGUUUAUAUACUGACCUCCGUGCUUUGAUGCCAGGCACACUUGUCUUUUUGAGUGUUAACUUAUUGAAUAUUUGAAGUCUCUCAGUGGCUUUGAGUGUCCGUGCGGACUGUUUAUCUUGGGAGCUUUGCUUUAUUAUGUUUGCCAUAUUUUCUUCCCUAACAUGAUAGCCAUUUUCCUUCCUUCCUUUAUUUAUUCAGCCAUCCCCCCUGUUCCAUAAAUAGCACAGAAGGAGGCCUUGCAUCCUGGUUCUGGCCUACUUUUUACUGUUAACCUGAAAGGCCUUUUGUGAUUAUCGUUCUGAAGCUGCUGAAGCGGCAAAUCGAGUGGUUUUGGGCUGGAAGAAAUGGAAUAGGGUGAGGAGAAGGACGUUUCCCGACUUCCAAUCUUAAUCUGUGCAAGUAUGUGUUGUGUUUGUGAAGUGCCCAUUUCCACUAGAAAGCAAGGACUUACUGCAGUACGGCUUGUAAUCCACUCAACGUGGACAACAAAAAACACGUCUCAGUCUUUGUUAAAGCAGGCGUACACACCUCGGGAGGAAAAACUAAAAUCCUGUCUGACAGAGAAAGAUAAUAUUUCAGAGUGAGUAAUGAUAGUUGUGUGACAAAUUGCCUAAUCCAGUUCUUUCCCACAGUCACAUGGUCGCCUGGCAACGGAUGAGGAACCUGUUGACCGAGCUCACCUGUCUCCACACGUCUCCUUAUGAUCUGCAUGCUUACCUUUCUUUGACUAUCUUUGUUUUUCAUGAUCAUUUCCCAUAACAUGCGUGUCCCCCAUCAACGGUGCUGCUUGGGUAGAAACUAAGGCUGGGUAUGAUGCAUAUUUCAUUCAUUAAUAAUGUAAAGCAUAGCAGUGGAACACAGUUAAAUGGAGUGAACAUCAGUUUCAUUAUAUAUUAAAGGGAUAGUUUGAAUUUUGGAGUAUGUGGGAUUGUUUGAGCUAUUUAUCCACAGUCAGUGUAUUACAGCAGUAAAUGUCUGGUGGCACACACACAGUUUGGAUAAAGCAGGAGGAAGUACCGGCGUGGAAGCUAAGUAAUGUAGCGCUGUGGACCGGGGCAGAGGCAAAACAUACUUUAGACGCCUAAAAAAUCAAUAUCAGUUUAAUGUAUGCUAGUUAUCCUAAGUACAUGUUCACCUCUUUGUCUUUCCAUCAGACAGCCCUACGUAAUUUUUAUGUCAGAGGAACUGAAGCCAUUAUCUUUGCUCUCUUGAAAGCCUCCAGACUCCACUUAUAAAAAUAGCUAUUUAACCUCACAGAUGUUGGUCUAUUGCUGCUUUGAUUGCUUAGUUCCUUUGUCAUUGUGUGGCUUUGGUGAGUCCAAACUAACUUUUUUUUAAACACCAAAGUCACAAAAUAAUGCAAACAAACUAACUGAUCUAUGCAGCAGUAGACCAGCAACUCCUGUGUUCUGCAAGCUAAAGUUACUGUUUUGUCAAUGGAGUCUGGUGGCUUUUAAUAGAGCAUAAACCGCUUCAGUUCUCUGUCAGCAUGCAAUUAAAAUAUUCUAAAUAUAGCGUACAUUUAAGCCCUAAACACCCUUGAUUUUUUUUAAAGGUGGCUGGAAUAUGUUUUGCUGCUGCCCCUGUUAAAGACGUCCAUCCCUUAACUUCUGUAUUAACCACCAUCUGUUGUAGGUAAUACUAUGAUUAUGAAUAAGUACCUCGUACAACCCAGUUAAAAAAAUCUGAACUAUCUCUUUAAUCAUUUUAAAAUGAUUCCACUAACUGUUGUGAUAUUCAUCUAACCAUGCAGCCCAGCUUUAGUAGAAACUGAAAUAAAGCACAGCACAUUUGUUUUAUUUAAAUGGGGGGAUUUUGCAUUUAAAUCCAACAAAGCACAUACAUGUUUUCCAUCUCAGACCUUUGUAUUGCAGUCUGACCUCUACCAUUAUCAUUUAUACCAGUUAUUAGAUUUAAUAUGUUGUGUUGCACACAAACGGCUCAGAAACAUGUUCAGUAUGAAGCUGUGGUGAAACAAAGUAGACUGGAAGUUGAAGAAUCAUGAUGCUUUUCAUAUUUAUACUAAAAAUCUUAACUCUACAAAGGUGCUCUACAAAGUUAGAUUUUAAUACCUGAAAGUGUUAGGAUCUUUCCUCUUUCAUCAGUCAUAUUGCUAAACCUUUAUAUUCAGGUGUUACUUUUCAGAACAAACCAGUAUCAGGGCAUUGCAUAAUCAUUUCUGAGCUGUGGCUCAUUUAAAAUCAGUUUUUGAGGAACAUUUUGGUUUUUUUUUACAUCUUUGCUGCAGUGCCACCUUGUGGAGGUUUUUUGAAGUAUACUUUAAGGAAUAUCUGCCUGGCAAACAGGCUCUAAUACUGUAUGUAUGAAGAGAGCAUGAACAGCAAGUAACCUUUAGCAGUAUGUUUAUUACUGUCAAUUUUUUUUGUUCUUUGCUUUCCAGUUUGCAUGGCUUUAAUUUGCUCAAACUUUAUAUAUGCACAUCCUUCACCACGGGGUGAUUUUACUGGGUAAGUUACGACAAAUAUGUUUUUUUUCCUUCUGAAAAAUAUGUUAAGUUACAGUUACAAAAUAUGGCUGUUUUUUCUUUUGUACAAGAAAGUUUUUUACACUAUGUGAACUCCUAUGAGUCUGUUAUCUAUCUGUGUUUGCUGAGGUAUAGAAGUACAAUAAUACACCUCUUUACUUUUAACACUACAUUGAUGUGUGUCUUGUAUUCCUGUUCAGAAUGCACAAAUACAUCUUUUGCAAUUAAACAAAUGUGUUUUGUAUUAUUGGUUGCAGUGUAAGUAUGUAAAAAAAAAAAAAAAAAGUUAUUUAAUGUAUGUGCAGGUUGUGGCAAAAAUAAUUGAUGGACUUGUCGAAGAAGAAAAAGAAAAGGAAAAAACACUUUAAAUAAAUCCUCUGGAGUCCAUGAAAGCACCAGCGGGUUACUUCUUCAUGAUGUCGCGACGUAAAAACAAAGCAACGUUGAGCUGAUGUCAACAUCCCUCAAAAGUUGUGGCUUGUAACUCUGUGCUAGUUUUGUCUGAUGAUGAUAGACAAAGUACAACCGGAAAUAAGGUCAAGUAUAUUUAGUCUAAAAAUAUAGAACUAGCA